UCUUGGGCAACAUUCAACCAAAUAUUUUUGAGCCCGUCAACGAGAAGUAGAAACAGACAGAGGAGUUGACAGAAACACCAGACGCGACCGCAAAAGAUGGCGAAGAAUAAUCCAUGUCGGAGACCGGCUCAACGGCUGACCCCUUGGGAGCCCACGACUACUACGAUUUCAGCCUGCAAUUCUCCUGCUACGUACUCGCAGACAAACUACAGGCACCUGGAUUCAAGCGGCUGAUCCUCGAUGAAAUCCGCUCGUAUGCAGAGAUCUGCAACCCAGCUGACAUGACAGUGGACCAUGUCCGAUAUGUUUACGAAAACACGAUCCGCGACGAUGAUCCAUUACGAAGGUUCUGUAUCAUGAUCAAGUCUGUGCGGACACCCAUCGAGAAAACACUUGCCGAUGAGAGCUUCCUGAGCCUGAUGGAAGAUGGGGGGCCGUUGGUUCGAGAUGUCAUGCAGGCAUAUAGGAAGCCAAUCAAGAAGCAAAACUGGAUUGUGCGAGAGCUGCAGGAAGCAUUGAGGAAGAGACUGGACGCAGAAUACAAAGAGGGGAAGCUGGGAUUUACCGAGCAUGAGAAACUAAAACAGCUGAACAAGCUGGCAGAGAGGCUUUAAAGAGCGUUUUCAUAUCUGACCAGCAGUUCAUCGGCUGAUCAAGGCAAGAUUCUAGAAAAUGGGAUCUCCGCCGAUCGAGGGCGUUCGCAUUUUUCAUGUCCAUGUUUCAGGAGCACGUGGGCUGACGUCGUUUGAUAUUAAUUAAACAGAAUUUUCAUCUUCCUCUCAUAAACAUCGCAUCUAUCCCGAGUAUCUCAUCAAACCUCGUGUUCUCAAUUUACGAGUACUCUGCCAUCCUGAUCUGAGA